AUGGAACGAAUUUCCAAUUUGGUGACUCUCUUGAGUCAGUCAUCGCAGUUGGCGCGGCAUACACACAUGAUGAAAUUAUACCAAGAGCUAAUUAACUCCGAUGUAUUGGAACCUGACAUUAUUCGGGAUGUUGUCAGUUGCGUCGGUGGUUCCUUGAGUGGUAUAUCAUAUGAAGAGCUAGCUUCUAUCUUCGAUCCGCUUUUACGAAUAAUUGAUUCGUCAACUGAGCUUGUUGGACGCUUCGAUAUACUAGCAACACUAAAUGUGAUAUUAUCAUCCAUCCCAAGCGAAUGCAGACGGAGUUUGUGGAGCAUAGAAGAUCUAAAAUCAUCAAUCAACACAUUCGCCACUUUCUUAUCAUCCAUGGGAGAUUUUGAUUUGCAGGCCCACUCGGCGGCUUUGUUGCUGAGACUUGUCCCACACGACUAUCAAAAAGAACUUUCGGCAAAAUAUAUAGCUCCCGUACCACAUAAAUUCUCCCGCGAUUUCUCAAAGGUUGGUGGUGAAUGUUUUGAAAAGGGUAUUCGUACUUUUUUGAAUGAAUUAAACAUGCUUAACGGAAAAAACCCAGGAGUGGUCUCUCUACCUUGCUCGGAGCUCAAACUGUGUGAUUUGGUUCUUGAUUGUCCCUCCAUGCCCGGGGAUUCAUUAUCAACCUUCUGGUUGGAUUUCAACCUCGAAUCGGAACGAAUAACGUCCUAUUGUCUGGGCCAAUUUAUUGAUGGGGAGACACAAGUCUCGGGUCUCGCUGUGGAGCCCCAGAGAGAGUGGGAAACUCUUGUGAUCUUCCCGGAACUCAUCGAUGUACUUGAUAUAGAGUCUCAAAGGGAUCUUCUUGUGCUGAAAUUCACAAUGUUGGAACCCAUUUGCGACCUAUGCGAGUGGACGCCAGACAUCAAAGGCAACAAGAUCUCUGCUAAAAUCAACCCGUGCUCCGUGAACCCCAAAUUCCUAUCCAUUCGGUUUCCUGAAGAGGUGUCUGACGAGAAACCAAGUGGAGCUCUGAUCUGCAUCCUAAAGCAACUCCAAAACUUGUGUUCCCUUUAUCAAUCUUCAACUGGUACCCAAGAACCAUUACCUCCUACGGACACCCAUGAGCAUUUUAGUGCUAUGGCGGUUUCGCCUAUUGCCGUGUGUCCAUGGGGUCUUGAUGAGUGCUUUUCAACUCCUUCGCACUUGAACGAAUCCGGGAGCUCCCUAUCAAAUCUAAACAUCCGGGGGCCGAACCUUGUGAAGGGAGUAAUUGCCUGCUCUCCAGUUGUUUGCUACGUGAAUGCCUCAUCGUCUUCGGCACACUCUGUUUCAUCGAGUACUCCAAGUUCUGAGACUUCUGGGAAUCCAACAGGAUCAUGUGGAUGUGGGUUAAGAAGCGCGAAAAUUCCUGAUCAUCAAGUGAUCACACUGGAUAUUCCUGUCCCAUCCAAAGCGCAAGAUUUCUCCGAUCUAAGGUUCUCACACAAAUCCUAUUCUAUACACUCAUCGUCCUCAAACAGAGAGGAGCAUACCAUCUCAGUUGAUGAUAAUAAUGGAAUCGAAAUCAUCGGAGAAAGACAGAAGAAUAUUCAGCAACCCAUUAAUGUGAUCGAAUUCACUUCUCCAACGGAGUCUUCACCAGAAAAGAAGCGAGAGGCUGCCCUUCACACAUCCCCGGUUGUCGCAUUGAGAGCAGCGGAACCAGCCAUUACUGGUUUUGAGUUUACAGGAAUACGUUCAAAGGAUGCACGGCAGUAUGAUGUUGAAGAGAGUGUCCCAAAACCUGCUUAUCAAAUUCACACCCCUGUGGUACCUUCCAUCAUGCCUUCCGACGUUUCCGCAACCAAAAGCAUUGAUUCCGAACCCACGGUAGUAAGACCCAGCUCCACACUUGUCCCAUCACAUAUACAGCUUCGGGAGCUAAUCGUGAGCUUGGACCGAUGUGUCUUAGCACCACCGAAUGUCGUUCGAAUUUCUCCGUCGACCUCGGAAGUAAUAAAGAGUGUGCAACAGCUACCCACCGAACUAUCGACUUCAUUUACCAUGGCGAACGAUCAUCCACCGAGGUCAUCGGUGAUUGCUUCUCCCAUGCAAGGCAUUUCGUCCCAGCUAUCAGCUUCAUCGGAUGGUACACCAGUGUUCCUGAAAACUCUUGGUAUCUCAUCGUCAGCCACCACCAUCGGCACCAAACCGAGUCGGAAACUGUGCAAUAUUUCACAUUCAUAUUUGGUAGACUCAUCUCCAUCGGAUAUCCGUUGUCCACUGACACCAGCCGAAACGACAGUGAUUUCACUGCCAGCUCUGAACACCGAAGUACGGUUACCGCGUCGUCCAACAUCACACCUGCAUACAACUUCACGGCUUCGUGUCCCUAAACUUGUCCAAUCCUUAGCUGAGGAGACUUCAGAUGACAAGGAACUGUCGAAAGACCUCCAACCCCCUGCUUCGCCUUCAGAUAAGUCAGACCCGGACUAUUGUCCACUGCACUAUUCUCCACUUACACCUACCUCUGCCAGCCAGAAACGUAUUUUACGCUCGACUUUCAGAAGACCUUCAGGUAACACAGGCUUGGAAGAACCCAACCCAGCAUACGUGGAGUCUACAGAGUCGACGCCAGUAUCACGUCCACCGACCACAGAUUCACCUGCAAGAAUUUGUGACUCAAAAACCCCUAAGCGUUCGGCCGUUCGUGAUUCCCCAUUCGUGCAUCCCGUCUCCUCCUUGAAGAAGCGCCGUUUCUUCACCUCUUCUCGGGCUGAGCGACUGAGCCGAGAACAGAAGCGUUUUGAGGGGGCUUGCAGAGUGAAAUCUACCAUUUCGCAUCCGGCAAAUCAGAAAAAAGCAAAAGCUAAAACGAUUCAAUCCAAACGACCAACCUUGUCCGCUGCGACUGCUCUUGCGAUGACUUCUCAGGCGAUGCCGAACGAUAGUGACCCUGAAUUUUUACCUGACAUUGUGGAUGUGGAGGUCAUCCACAAAAACGUGCCAACUGCUGCCACACGUAAACAUGAAGCUCCUGAAGUUGACCCGGUUCUUGAAAACUCCAAGUAUGAAGACAUAAUUCCAGCUUCCUGGGAAUCAUCUACAAGUCCACACCAUGAACACAAGCCGAAUAAGCCAACCGUAAGGCCGAACCCAUAUUUGGUUCAGCUGGGCCAUAUGCUAGAGGAUUCUGUGGAAGAAGUUGAUAUCGAUGAGACCGUCUUGUCAACACCUGGAAGCCUAUUUGCUUGCACACCACCUGCUGACAGGCAGAAAUCUCGACCAAAUCAGCGUCACGUAAAACACACGAAAUCAGCACAGUUAAAGUUUGUUUCCAGAGGACCUGUCAUGAAAAAUGAAGUUGUGGUUACACAGCCUACAGUUGCUUUGGUUCCUAAGGAAUCUUCGAAAGACUCCUCCCGUUCUCCAAAUCCGUUGGUUGUCUCUGCCAGUCAUUUGGUAGAUUUAGACCAAACUCCAGCAGAUUUGGCUAUGCAAGAAGAACUCGAUAAUUUCGACUUCAACACCGUUUCGUUCAAUCCAGCCGCAUUUGAAAAGUCUCCGUCGCCUCAGUUACCCACUCAGUUGAACAUUCAAAUUGAGCCGGAUCAAUGCGCCAAAAGUAAUCCGGAUUAUGUUACAAGCUUCUCAACUUGGCUUCGGAAACUUUAUUCGGUAUCAGAGAAGGUUUACGAAGGAAACCUCGAGCUGUCUUCUGUGAGAUGGGAUUAUUGUGAUUAUGGUCCAUAUAUUAACUUCAAUCUGUCAAAAAAUUCUGUAUGGUUGGGUAGCCGAACCUUUGGUCAACAUUAA